CAGCGUCCGAGCCCGCCGCGUCGCUCUGCCCUUUAGCCGCGGCCGGAGGCGUCGCCGCGCGAGCCGCUCUUGCCGGCCGAGCCCAGCUCUCCCGGGGCGGCAGGUGCAGGGCGGGGGGGUUGGCGCGGCUCCAGCCUGGGCCGCGACUGGCGGGCGGCUCUCCCGGGAGGGUCCCGGCGGCGGCGGCGGCGGCGGAGCGAGUGGGGAAAGCAGCUCCAGGCCGGCCGCCUCCCGCGCUCCCCAAUGCGCCUCCGGCGGAAGCCCCGGCCAGCGGCGGUGCGCGCCUGAAGCACACGGGCAGCUGCGCCGGCGAGUCCCGCUCCCUUCCAGGCGUCGAAGGUGUUGAUGGGGAAGAGGUCGGAUGACAGCGGGGACCGUGGUUAUCACUGGCGGAAUAUUAGCAACUGUUAUAUUACUGUGCAUUAUAGCUGUUCUCUGCUACUGCAGGCUCCAGUAUUAUUGUUGCAAGAAGGAUGAGUCGGAAGAGGACGGCGAUGAGCCCGACUUCCCUGCGGAUUCGCACAUCCCGCCCCUGCACUGCAACCGUAACGUGGCUCUGACCAACGGCCCCUCCUUGUACCGCUCCCCCUACAAGAAGCCCUCCCAGUCCCGGACUGGCUGCCCCAGCUGCUCCCAGUAUGAGCCUCCAACGUUCUUCCUGCAGGAGCCCGAAGAGGAGGUCCGCAAUGGGGGCGACCUGGUCAACUACAAGGCCAUUAGCCAAGAAGACUUGGAGCUGCCCAUUGGCCUGAGUGGUGGCCUCCAGGCCCUCAACCCUAACCGGCUCUCUGCCAUGCGCGAAGCCUUCUCCCGCAGCCGCAGCAUCAGCACAGAUGUCUGACUGGCCUGGUUGAAGAGGCCCUGUCUCCCCCUCGGCUCGCCAAAGGCUGAAGACCACUUCUGCUUCCCAACCUCUUCCCCUCUCGUCUUGCGUAAGCAAGGAGCAUGGCUGCCUUGGUAGAGAUUGUUGUUUUCUAAACCCCAGUAAAAGCCGCCCUUCCUUCCUUCCUUCCUUCCUUCCUUCCUUCCUUCCUUCCUUCCUUCCUUUAGAUGAGGUUUUUGAUACAGGACAUCCUUUUGUAUAAAUACGCAACCUGGUUUGUCACUCUUCAGCCUGCUGCAAGCUGUGGCCUCUGCUUUCCCUGAUGGGUGGGGGUGGGGAAGGAGGCUGGAACUAAGCCAGAGCCAGGUGUUUUUGCAAAUUGCUUAAUGCAAAUCCAAAUUAGCUCCCUCUACUCUGCAGUGUCCCCACUGUACAUUCGGUCCACUCUACAAAAGCCUCACAACCGGUGUCCCCCGCCCCCCCUCGAGGGAGGCCCUUCCUUCCCCUGGUUGCUGCCAGAAAGGUAUUUUUAAUGACAGAAGAAACAUACCAGGCACCUGGUCAGCACUGGUCAGUCCACUAUGUCCAACUGAGAUGAGCUCAGCUUUAGUCUCUUUUUUGUUGCUCGGUGAGGGAGGGGGGCUGCCGAGGACCAUGAAGGUGUUCGGUUGGCACUGGGGGGGGAGGGGGGGCAGGACUUCCCCAUUUUGAACAGUGGUGUUGCCCGCUGCAGGACUUCCUCUAUCUCACCUGCAAUGAAAAGCACCAGAGGGUUUUGCCAGCCAAGCCAGAGGCGACUCUGCUGUGAGCUGGGCCUCUUGGGCUUUGUCCCCCGUCCUAGCUUCCCCUCUGAGUGUCCAGGAGGCAGACGCAGAGGGAUGCAGAGCACAAGGCAGUUCUGCAGGGACAGGCCCUUCCUUUUCUUUGGACAAAAAGGGCUGCAGCUUGGAGCUCCCAGCAGUAAAAUUUAGUGCGGCGGCAUUCACAGUGGCAGCUUCCCUCGACCUGCUUCCAGGCAAGUGGGGUCUGUCUGUCUGUCUGUCUGUCUGCCUGGGGUGUCAGCAGGGAGAUAAGACUUAAAAGACAGGAGGACAGGCAGCCUUCAGAGAUAAAGACGGCUGGAGACCUGAGAUAAGGACGGCUAGUCCACCCCACUGCUCCCCCAGGCCUUUGGGUCUGGAGGCAGCAGUGGGAUAGAGACUGACCCAUAGGGCCCACAGGAAGAUGGUUCCCCUCCCUGCAGGAUCUGACAGUGCAUCCAGGAAGCUUGCAAAACUGGCACUCACGAGUUACGUGCUGGGGACGAUGGAAAUGCGACCUGUAGGAAGAACGGUUUGAGUUGGGCCCUUUGAGUCCAGCCUCUUCAAACUCCUCUGGAAGCGGGCACAGGGCAUGAGAGCCCAAGAGGCCAAGGGCCAUCUUACAAGCAGCAGAAAUGGAUUCAGAGACGAGUCAGUAGCAUCACUGACCCAGGUGGAUUUUUUUCCAUCUAAUUUGAAAUUAAUGUUCACGUCUUGCUUUGGCUGCAUCCAAUAAAAUGCAUUCAUGUUGGUCUUCAGUGAUCUGUACUAGUUGCUGCUUCCACAAAACUAUUUUGUAUAAUUCUUAAAAAUUUGUAUUGGUUUCAGUGGCACUCUUAAAAAUGCUACAAUUUGUUGCUUAUAAGUAUGGCUAUUUAUUUUUCCCCUUUAUAUAUAUUUGAAAUAAAUUCAAACAAUUUCAUGAAUUUUCAUUUACCUUUACUUGUGAUAAACAUGUACAGGACUUCUGGAUUCCGAAAAUAAUAAUAAAAAACUUAU